ACCCGGACGACAAUUUGUAACGCACAUGACAUUACACAUGUCUCCUGACGAUUGUCCUCUACAUCUAAUCAUUCAAAGUGCGUAAUAUUACUCUAACCAAUACUGACAGCAGUCACAGAGUGAGUUAAACUGAAUGUAGGAUCUCUGAAGAGGUGAACAUGACUGCUCGAGGAACACCGAGUCGUUUUUUACAGAGCGUUCUUCACAAUGGAGUGGGUCGCUAUGUUUGUCAGCUGAAGCGAAUAUCUCUGAUCUUCUCGAAGAAAGGCCAGGGCUCUUUAGGAGUCAGGGAUUUCAUUGAAGAAGGCGUGGUCGACUUUGCCAAGAAUAACUCAGGAACUGUGGUUUACAUCUCCCCUCAGUCCUGCAGAAUUCCAAAGAUAGUAGCUGAAUAUUUGAAUGGUAACGUGAAGGAGGAGACAGUCACCAACAAAACAUCACAGGAAAUUGCAGAACUUAUAACCAAGCUGUCCAACCAGUCAGGACUGGACAUCAUCCGCAUUCGUAAGCCCUUCCACACAGACAGUCCCAGUAUCCAGGGCCAGUGGCACCCCUUCACAAAUCGACCCCUCAGCAUCGAUCCAGUCGGCCCACAGGCAAAAUAAGGACUUUGCAUUGUAUUUAUUCCCUGUCUGAUGUUCUGACCUAUUGAAGGAGCCCCUAACUUCCGCCACAGCACAAAAUCAACAUAAAUUCAACGUUUUCAGACAGUAGUUACCUGUUAUUAGACUUUUAAAAUGAUACUUCACCAUUUAAUGAAUGAUGACAGAUUAUCUGUGGCUUGGUAAAGUUUAUAUAACAAUGAAAUUUUGCUUAAAUAAGAUUAAUUGCUUUUCACAUGUAUGUUGGCUCCUUAUAAGAUGAGAAAUACAACGUUUCCUUUGGGAAAUAACGUUUUGAACUGAAAAUAUGACUUUCUGGCGCUGCACUAAUAAAUCAUAAUAUCUCAGAAAACUACUCUUGACAGAAUAAAUUUGAACUUUGUUAGUAAGAACUCAAGGUAUUGUAGCAGUUACAGUUAUUAUAUUAAACAAAACAUGAUAACA